AGUAAUAUAUUGUAAGUAGUUGAUGAUAUUCUAUUAAAAAUCCCUUAAAAAAUAGUUUGUAACCUUUCAAUUAAUGUCCCUAUGUAAUAAUAAUUGCUGUUGAUUUGGUAGGAAAAAAAUCCUAAUGGUAGUCCAUCGAAUAACUGAUGAAGUAUUUUGUGCAUUUCAUUAAAAAUAUCUUGAAAUCUCUACUAUCUUCUAUAUCAGAAUUCAAAUUAACAUAUAAAAUUUUGAAUAAGACAUAGAAUAACUAUAUUUCUUGAACAAAUAACAUUAAAACGACUCGAAACUGUUCAAUCUCAACAGUUUUAAUAUUUUAAGUUUUUUUUUUUGAUUCCUCAAAACAUUCUUCAUUUUCUUUGUGAAAUCAAUAAAUUAUUAUUAUUCUUCUUAUCAACCAGAAAUUGAAAAGAACAAAAGGAAGUUUUAAUAAAUUCGGCUAAAAUGGGUUUGUUAUCAAUUCUUAAGAAAAUUCGUGAAAAGGAGAAAGAAGUCAGAAUACUAAUUCUCGGAUUAGACAAUGCCGGUAAAACCACUAUCCUUAAAAAGUUCAACGGAGAAGAUAUUGAUACCAUAUCACCAACUUUAGGCUUUAAUAUUAAAACUUUAGAACAUAAAGGAUUUAAAAUGAAUAUUUGGGACGUUGGUGGACAGAAAUCUUUAAGAUCUUAUUGGAGAAACUAUUUUGAAAGCACGGACGGUUUAAUUUGGGUUGUUGACAGUGCAGAUAGGAGAAGAAUGAAGGACUGUAAAAAAGAGUUGGAUGAUCUACUUGUUGAAGAGAGACUAGCGGGUGCAACUUUACUAGUUUUCGCUAAUAAACAAGAUCUACCUGGAGCUAUGAGUGGAGAAGAAAUUAAAAAAGAAUUACAAUUAGAGAAAAUAACGUCUCAUAAAUGGAAAAUUGAAGCGUGUAGUGCAGUUACGGGAGAAAAACUCUUGGAAGGAAUUGAUUGGUUGAUAACUGAUAUUUCUGAGAGAAUUUUUACUGUUGAUUAA